UUAAAUUGAAUCUUAAAAGAUUUUAUGUUGAAAUUUCACUCUUGCCCCUUAUAAAAAAAAAAAUCAACAAUAAUUUUGUUAACGGACACAGAUAAUGUUGACAUUUUUUCUUGUUAGCUGAAAAAGGUUUUGAAAUUGUCAACAACAUCUUCCUUACUAAACUUAAACAUUUGAUAAUGCGUGGAUGAUAAAAAUCCACAAUUCUGCAUGGAUUUUCAACAUUGAUAUAACCCAGAAAUAGAGGAAACAAAACAGAAACAAAUUAAACCUUCAAGUUUGAGCAAUUCCUAAUUUAAAAAAGAAAUUCUAUGAACACCCAAAAUCCAUUCCAACGAUGCUAUGAAUACUCCAAGUUCGAUCCCUACGAGCAUCUCAACAUCCGGCUGAACCCCGAUGGCACUGUUACUCGUCUCCUUAAACUCCCACUUGCCAACCCCGAUCCCGAUCCCAACUCUGGCAAAGCCGUCGCCUCCAAAGAUGCCAUUCUCGACCCUGAAAAGAAAACUUCCCUCCGUAUUUUCCUUUCCUCCAAACUAACCUUAAAGAACCCCAAAAAAUCUGACACCACCACCCGUCUUCCUAUAGUCUUCUACUUCCAUGGCUCUUCUUGGAUCCAGUGUCGCGCCAACUACUUUUCUCUUCACCUGAGCAAUAGCUAUAUGGCAUGCUCCAUCCCAGCUAUUAUGCUCCUUGUGGAUUAUCGUCUCGCCCCGGAGAACAGGCUCCCUGCACAGUACGACGACGCGAUGGAUGCACUUCUCUGGUUGAAGAAACAGGCUUUGGAUCCUGACGGUGAGCGCUGGGUUAAAGAUUAUGGGGACUUUUCACGGUGUUUCCUUUACGGUUGUGGCUGUGGAGGGAAUAUUGUGUUUAACGUAGCGUUGCGUGCGAUGGAUGUAGAUUUGAACCCUUUAAAAAUUGAUGGGCUUAUAUUAAACCAGCCGAUAUUUGGAGGAAAACAGAGGACGGGAUCGGAGAUACAGCACGCAACAGAUCAUAUAUUGCCGUUGCCGGCAAUGGAUUUAAUGUGGGAACUAGCGUUGCCCAAAGGGAUGGAUCGAGACCAUCGGUUUUGUAAUCCGUUGUUGGAAGGGCCACAUCAGAUGAAGCUUGGAGCGCUGCAGCGUUGCUUAGUGAUCGGUUUUGGUUUGAAUCCAUUGAUAGACAGGCAACAGGAAUUUGUAAAGAUGUUGCUGAGACAUGGCAUACAGGUUGAAGCUCAGUUCGACGAGAUUGGUUUCCAUAGGAUAGAGCUUGUGGAUCCUCGACGGGCUGUUGCCCUUGACAAUUUGGUUAAAGACUUUAUUAAUAGCUAAUCAAUUUUAAUUAUCUAGUUUUAGCCAACUAGCCAAUCCAUGCUACAUUUUGUUACGGAAAGUAUAUAAUUGCAGAACAUGCAGCUAUGGUUCUCUUUGGAUAAUUUUACCAUAAACAGUAUAGAUCACUCCCAGUUAUUGUUUUUGAGAAAAAAAAAAAAAAGCCAUUUCAGACUAAACAUCCAAUGUGUAAUUGAUGUUUAGAAAUAACGUAUUUCUGAAAGUAAAUUGAAGCAAACUUAUCAUGUUAAUUUUUCUUUUUACCCGAUCAUUUGCAGUCCUUUUUCUCUUAUAAUAGAUUCAGCCUAUACCCUUGUGAAGUUUCAAUUUGGGUUCAAGUAUCGAAAACUCAGACCAUAAAAUGAAAUUUUGCCUUUUGAGUUCAAUAAUUCGACUAUGUUUCUUUAAUGGUUCCAAUGAAAGGACUUGAAGGCUGAGAUUAAGUUCCCACACGAUGUCAGAUUUGGAUCGCAGUGGAGGAGCUCUGUGCACAAGCCUGAACCUACGGUUGGGUUCAGGGGUUGAAUGGCCUCGCUCCCUCUUGCCCGGAGUAGUAGCGGAAG